CGUUGUUCUCUCUCUGAAUUCAAACAUCGCGCGUGCAAUUUAUCUCCCCGACAAGUCAGCACUGUUGCAGGUAUGUCGACGAAACCCUAACGGGGUGUUUGGCGAAGCUCCUGCAUUUUAGCGUUUGGCUAUAAAUCCGGUGAUAAAUCGCUACCAAACGCCGUCCCUGCAGCUGAGCCGUCGCCACUCUCCUCUCAUGUCUAAAUCGACUGCGCGCUGCCGCACACGGCAGCAGGAGAAUGCCGUCCAUGAGCAGCCGAAGCUCGAAUCCUUAUCAUCAUCAGCGCGCCGUACUCGGCUUCGGGAACAUGCCGUUGAUGAACAGCCGAAGCUCGAAUCCCCUUCUUCCUCUGUGCGCCGUACUCGGAAUCGGGGUAAUACAGUCGAUGAGCAGUCGAAGAUCCUUGAAUCCCCCUCGUCUUUGCGCCGCACUCACCAGCGGGAUAAUGCGCUUGAUAACCAGCCGAAGCUCAUUGAAACACCUUCAUCCUCCGUCCGCUGUACUCGGCAGCGGCAGGGUGACGCCGGUGAGCAGAAGACGGUAGAAUCAUUGAAGAGAAAAAGUUUGGUAGCUUCUGAGUUUGCUAACGGUUUCCUUAAAAAAGCUGAGGGUUCUGUUGCGUAUGAAGGACAGAGCCCGUCGCGGAAGAAGAUAAAGGCGCCCGCCCCGGAAGUGGUGAAUAAGCUUGAAGACGAUGAGGGAAUGGCUUUGGAUCUGCAAAAAGAAAACGAAAACAAGGUAGAGGAGGAAGGGCUGUGUGAAGAGCCAGCUGUGAAUUCGUCUGACAAGAAGAAAUGGGCGGCCGGAAAGAAAGUAGUGAAGAGACAGGAGGAGUCAAGCAGCAGAUUUGCGGGUGAUCCUGUUCCUGUCAGUGAAGCUCAAAUGAGAUGGCCGGAGAGAUACACGAAGAAGGCUGGUGGGCGAAAGUCACUAUCUUCAUCGGUCUAUGGAAACGAAGGUGAUGAUGAACCCGCCAAAGCAAAACUCCAUUAUCAUCAGGCAAUGGUUGAUGACGUUACCUACAACCUCAAUGAUGACGUACAUGUCAAGGCUGGUGAUGAUGAGCCAAAUUAUAUUGGGCGUAUUAUUGAAUUUUUUGAAACUAUUGAAGGGAAGCUGUAUUUUAGGACCCAAUGGUUCUAUAAAGCUGAGGAUACUGUAAUUAGUUAUCAUGCCAAUGACCAUGAUAAAAGAAGAGUCUUCUUGUCGGAAGACCAAAAUGAUAAUGAAUUAGAUUGCAUUGUUAGCAAAAUUAGAAUUAUUCGUAUAAAAAAUAAUAUUGGUUUGCCUAUAAAAGAUGAGAUUCCGGAGUGUGAUUAUUAUUAUGAUAUGUCAUACUCGCCCUCUUAUUCCACUUUUGCUAGUCUCCCUAAAGAUGAUACUAGUGGUGUUAGCUCCUUGUCAACUACUUCAAGUGAGGAAGGUUUUGAACAGGCAUCUUCUUCAACUAAUGCCAAUUUACUAGAUUUGUACUCUGGUUGUGGAGCAAUGUCCACUGGCUUGUGCAAUGGCGCUCAACUUGCCGGUCUAAAUCUUCACACUACUUGGGCUGUAGAUCUUAAUUCAUUUGCCUGCCAAAGCUUGCGAUUGAAUCAUCUGAAAACCAAGGUCCGAAAUGAGAGGGCUGAAGAUUUUCUUGUUCUUUUAAGAGAGUGGAAGAAAUUAUGUGAGAAUUUUUCUUUGGACGUGAAACAUCCACCGAAGCCCAACAAAGAGACGGAUGAUCUUAGUGAUGAUGAUGGUGAUAUUGAUUCAACUCCUGUAUCUGAAGGGGAGUUUGAGGUGGAUCAUUUUGUGGAUAUUUGCUUUGGAGAUCCAAAUGAAAUUGGGAAAAAGGAGUUGAUGUUUAAGGUGCGGUGGAAAGGAUAUGGAGCAAGUGAAGAUACAUGGGAACCCAUUAGUGGCCUACGCAAAUGUUCAGAAAGAAUUGAAAAUUUUGUUCGAAAAGGAUACAGAAACAAAAUUUUACCUUUGCCUGGAGUUGUUGAUGUUAUUUGUGGGGGUCCUCCUUGCCAAGGUAUAAGUGGGUUCAACAGAUUUAGAGAUUUUAAUAAUCCACUUGCGGACAUCAGAAACCAACAAAUGGCUGUAUUUAUGGAAAUUGUGGAUUUUCUUAAGCCUAAAUUUGUUUUGAUGGAGAAUGUUGUUGACAUUCUGAAGUUUGCUGAAGGUUAUCUUGGACGGUUUGCAUUAAGCAAGCUGGUUAAAAUGAACUAUCAAUCUAGGUUAGGAAUAAUGGCUGCUGGAUGUUACGGUCUUCCCCAAUUUCGAAUGAGAGUAUUUCUCUGGGGCGCUCAGCCAAGUGAGGUUUUACCACAAUUUCCAUUACCUACACAUGAUGUACUUGUUCGAGGUGGUGCACCUGUGAAAUUUGAGCAAAACAUUGUUGCUUAUAAUGAAGGUCAACGACCACAUCUUCCGAAGGCUUUGUUGCUUGGUGAUGCUAUUUCAGAUCUGCCCAAAGCGGAAAAUAAUGAAGCAAGAGAUGAGAUGCCCUAUGGAGGCCGUCCAAAAACAGAUUUUCAGUACUCUAUUCGCCUCACUGAACCUGACUUGGUGGACCCCUCUUGCAACCCAAAGAAGGCAAUUCUACAUAACACCCUGUUUGAUCAUAGGCCAUUGCAGCUGAAUGAAGAUGACUACUUGCGUGUAUGUAGGGUUCCUAAAAAAAAGGGAGCAAACUUUCGAGAUUUUCCUGGUGUUGUAGUUGGCCCCAAUAAUGUGGUGGAGUUUGAUCCCCAAGUUGAACGGGUUUUUCUUCCUUCAGGGAGUCCUCUGGUUCCUGACUAUGCUAUGUCAUAUAUCAAGGGGAAGUCUCCAAAGCCUUUUGGACGGCUAUGGUGGGAUGAGACUGUACCUACUGUAGUAACCAGGGCAGAACCCCACAAUCAGAUUAUUUUACACCCUGAGCAGGACAGGGUGCUAACCAUAAGAGAAAAUGCCCGGCUUCAGGGAUUUCCUGAUCACUAUAAACUCUGCGGUCCCCUGAAAGAGAGGUAUAUACAAGUGGGCAAUGCAGUGGCUGUGCCAGUGUCAAGGGCUCUUGGUUAUUCGCUAGGCCGUGCAUUUCAAGGUAAAGGUGGGGAUGAUCCCACCUUCAUUCUCCCUACAAAUUUCCCACACUUUGGUGCAGGUGCUGGAGAAACAAUUAAUUAAC